CAAAAUUUAUUACUUUAAAAUACCAAGUAAAUAUAGGGGUGUCAAGCAAUCUGCGAUAUAUAUCGUUGCCUGCAAUUCUGACUAUCGCGUUAAUAUGCUUCUUUUAUGUUGUUUUUUUUUUUAUUUCCAAGUCUGUACGUUAAUUUAGCGGCAUACGGAGUGCGCAAGUGGAUGACACUGUGCUGUUGUUUCAAAAGUCUGGCAGCUUCGUUUUAGAGCUACCUGACUGUUGAGUGCCAAGCCACUCAUUUUAAAACCAUCGUAUUUUUGUUUGCAGACGCAACAAGUGAUAGAAAUAUUUUUGUAAAUAUGAAUCUGUUAAGAGUAAAGGCAGAAUCCUGUCUGCGCUUACUGGAAAGCACCACUGCACCCUCUUUCACUAGCGACAUCAACUGGUUAAAUGAUUUCUGUGCAGAGUUCUUAAAGCUGUCGAAUGCCGUGCAGAUUCAUAUGGGUAUGCAAUUUGACUAUGAAAAUAUUGAGAUGAUUUGCUUAUGCUCCACACAAAUUGUAAUCUGCAUAAGACACCUAGAGCAAACGAUCAACCUCGAAAGUGCGUCGGGCCUAAGAAUAUCAGCCAGCCAUCAGCACUUUAUUGAACGCAUCAGGGUCUGUCUUAAGCGGAUGUGGGCUUGCUUUGGAGAAUCUUCAUCUGCCCAGAUCAGCUGUGUGGAGGGCGCGUCCUUUUUUCAGUUGCUAGAUUCGUUACUAGAUAGCUUGUCGGCAUUUACAAGCUUUUUUGAAAGCACUAACCAACACGCCGAGAAUUUGUUUGACUUAAGCAAGGAAAUUAAGACUCAAAUUGAUUUGCUAUUGGGUCAAACGCUAUCGUUUGCUAAUGUAGCCUUGCAGCAGGAUAAGAAAGCCUUGAGUGCGCUUUGUCAAAAGGUAAUGCGCGAUGGCAGUGCGUUUCAGGAGGAAUGUCAAGCGUGCUCAUCUGGCAGAAACAGCAAUUAUGCGAAUCAAAAACUCAAGGCAUUGACUUUGGAGAGCGGACUUUCUCAACUUGAGACUUAUAUCAACGAAGCGCUAUUGCGUUUGGUGUUCAACUGCUUUAUUGACUUUCAAAAGAUCUCUGUGGAUAAAAUACGCAACAUAUUGCGUACAGAACAUGUUGCCACAGCAGAUGAAUAUAUAGCUGAUUUCGAUGUCAAUCUGGAUCGUGCCACGCAAAUUGGUGUAUUUGCAAUUGCUUUUGCACCAAGCCUUAAAUUAAAAACGCUUGUGCGCAGCUGCCUUGCCUCGUUUGAGUAUCUGGAUACUAGUUUAAUACCUUCUUUGUAUGCGAAUGCUGCCGACUUACAUUCCGAGCUAUUGGAGCAACAUUAUAAUGAAGAGGUGUCCAAGUUCAAGUGCGCCAUACAGCAGAUUAUAGACAGCCAUGCUAUGGUGGGCUGUUAUAUGCAGCUUCUAGCAACAGGCAUUGAGGCAGCGGAGAAACAUUUUGAUAAAACUCAGUUGGAUGACUUGACGCUCAUGGGAUUUAUUAUACUUGAGCACUUCAAGCCAAGUGUAAAUCAAAAGCAACUCACACCACAAGCUCAGGAAAACUUGAAAAAGUUUGUUACCAUUUUGCGCGAAUGCAAAGCAAUACUUAUGUGUGCUGCACAAGUUGAAACUCAACGUAUUCUGAAGCGUUUCAAAAUAUUACGCAGCACUUUGCGUAAUCUACAUGGAUGCCUGGCUGCAGCUGAAAAGAAAGUUGAUGCCGCCCCAACAAACGCCAUAGCAACAAGUGAGAAUUGUGCGAAUGAAGGACUGUUAAUAAACUUAGCUGCUUCGCCAACAUCGAGCAUAUUGUACGACACGCGCAGGCAUCGAAAUAGAAGCCUUACUCAGCAGUCUAUGCCACAAGCUGAACCUUUUAUUAGGGCAAAGCCAAGUGAAUGCAUACGUCGUAAGCAAAGUUUGCGCACAGCAAUGUUCAAGCGCCAAAACAUUUUUGAGAACCAUAAACAACCGAGUAUAAUAAGCAGUCAUUCAGCUAGCUUAGAGAUUAGCGAUAUACUUGAGCAGCUGACGAGCUUAACAAACAGCUUCUCUGCAGGCCAACAGGUCAAGUAAAACUUUUGCUGCUCUCGGCUAUUGGAGCCGACAGCUCACGACUCUCGCACAAGUGCACAGCAUAUUUAUUAAGGAGCAAUGGUGUUUGCUUACUCAGCAUCUUUUAAAGAUUAAAAUUA